AGUGAUGUCGGAUUCAGCCGUUUUGAUCUAACGGAGGUUUGUGAAUGUAAACAAGGUCAGUUGAUUCGGCGCAGCGUGCUGGCGGUCAGGCGCAGCUUCUCUUCUACCGUCUCCUCCUUACUCAGCACACUGUAUUAAAAGCUCAACAUCUUCACAGGGGGAUUUUCAGUGCAGACCUGCCAAGAUGAUGCACUGUCUCCAGUUCCUCAUUGAGCCGGCCAAGAACUUCACAGUCAAGCUUAAGGAGUCUCAUAAGAAGGCAAAAGAUGAGAAGAGGGAGCCUCUGGAUGAGUGCCAAGAAUUUAUUGUGAACCUGGCCAAGGACCUGAGCAGAGUCUGCCAGGUGUCUGAGGUGCUGGAGCACAUCACCAGCUGCGAGGAUGUUUGGCCUACAUUGUCCUGUAGGGCUUUUAUUCUGGAGUGGGCAUCUCUGUUGGAGAGCAAGAAAAGGCCGUUGCAGACUGAUGGCUGGCCAGAGAAGAGUGACUGGAAGGAACUGGCUUUGAGCAGCGAGCAGGAUGUAGAGAAUGCUAAAAGGCUCAUCAUGACCUGGAUCAAGGAUCUGAGGGCCCAGCCAGAGCAGAGCGUGUGUCCCGGUGAGCAGGUGGUGAUGGUGCUGGAGGAUCUAGAGAAGCAGUGGCGGCGAGGCCGUGUUCCAACUCUGCAGACUGCCGUGGAGCUGAUCUUCUGGACACUACUCACAAAAGAGCUGAACAAGGAGAAUAUUCCAAAGCAGUGGCUCAUCUGGAAGCAGAAGAGUCAGAAAAUUGGUGCUAUUCCUUACAUUCCUCAGUCUGUAUGGGAUUGGAUUUGCAAUGCUGCAGUGGAGGUGACCAUGGACCAGGACACAGCGAACCCAGAUCUUCUGAUUUCAGCUGACAAGAAGCGAAUGCGCUGUGGCUUCGAGCGUCAAGAUGUUCCCAAUUACCACCAGCGCUUCGAUGGCUGGUGGUGCACCGUGGGCACUGAGGGUUUCGGGAUGGGGCGGCGGUACUGGGAAGUCGACGUGGGAGACAUGGACUGGAGGCUGGGUGUAGCUAAAGAGUCCGCUCUGCGCAAGGGAUUCAAGUCACUCAACACCAACACGGGUUACCUGACCUUGCGGCUGGAGCGAGGCAUCGAGCUGAAGGCCCUCACUGUGCCCUUCACUGCACUCCCUGAGUCCCUUAUCCCACGCAAGGUUGGAGUCUACCUAGAUUACGAGCACGGGCAGCUGUCCUUCUAUGACACUGAGCGCCGCUCGCACAUCUACACGUACAACGAGCGAUUUGACGAGAAGCUCUUUCCGCUCUUUGGCACGGUAGAGAUUGUCAGUGACCUGGUAAUCAGGUCCCCUGGGGACAGGGGUAACUGCCUGUGCCUGUGGGGCUGAGGGUCCUCGAUCCAAACCUGAGCUAGAGUUUUCAAAAUAAUAUCAUCCUUCCAUCAUCCCCCUCCCCCUGACCGUAUUCAGUGGAUGGGAAACAUGUGGUCACUAGUGAAUGACCGAAGUCCUUAGCUCUAUUACACUCUAUAUAGCUUUGACCAGUCAGUAAACAAUCUGUUGCUGCUGCUUCUGUAUUACUUGCUGUAGUACUACCUGCACCUUAUUAGAAAGCAAUCUGCGCACUUUCAUGUAUUUAUGAAAUUAUUAUAUAUCUGUGAUUUGUGAAAUAGUAUUCCAGCCAUAAAAAUGCACUUUCUGUGAAUAAGGAGUCUGAAUAAACUUACUUAUGCUCAA